UACGGGAAAUCCGCUCAUGCUGCAUUCGCCCGUGCACAGCUCUUCCUUCGUUUCAGACAAGGCAGGCGCACAGCAAAGCAAUCUAUUUUAAUUUAAUUAAGUCGAUGCUCAAGAAUAGUGCGGUUUGAUUCCCCUCAUCAGCUGUGCUUGGACGCUUUGCGAAACCACUGCCUGGAUUUAUUUUUCUUGUUCAUUCUUUCAGUGUGAAGGACAGUGUUUGCGUUCUGUUAUUAAUAAAGCCACGGUAAGCGAUAAGGCUACUGAACAGUUUCGGACUCCUUCACACGACAAACCAGUAAGGCUAUUACUUAGGCUGCUUAUGUAAGUACUUGUAAAAAAUAGCGAACUCGUUAGCGUUGUGUUGUAUCUGGACGGCAUCACGUCAGCUAUAUUGUUAUUGCAUAUUUAUUUAUUUAGUCGUUUGUUCCUCAUAGCCAGUGUUCAUGCCAGAUCUGCAGCGCUUUAGGUUGUACAAUAGCAUGAAUCCUUUGUUGGGAGCAAACGGGCUUCUUCAACAACAGCAACAUUAUCAAGAGGGGCCCAGUCAUCCGGAUUCACCAUCGGGCCUUUUGCCCGAAGCUUAUCUGGGUGGUCCAGAUCAGUCCUUCCUCCUCGGGGAGCAAUCAGGGCUGGGUCUAGAGAACAUCUCAUUUUCCGGACCAUCCUCUCCGUCUGGUUUGCCAUACCUGCAUCUCGGUAGUUCCUUUUACCGCUCAGCGCAACCUCCUGCAGCUAUGGCCUUAAGAAACGACCUGGGAUCCAACAUCAGUGUCCUGAAGACCCUCAAUUUGCGCUUCCGAUGCUUUCUAGCUAAGGUUCAUGAACUAGAGAGGCGAAACAAGACUUUGGAGAAGCAAUUACAACAAGCACUUGAAAAUAACUGCAGUGAGAGCGGAUGCGGCGACGAUAGAAGGGGACAUACCAGGGAGGUUGGUGUACAGACCGGGUUUGUUGGGACUAUCCCGGUCAGACCCGGGACCCUCCCUUUUCUAAACACAAACAAUUCUGUCAAACGCCCGACCAGUUUGUUUACACCGCCUCUCACGUCCGUGCUUAAACUGGAAACUAAUAAAUAUGACGAUGAAGCAUCAAGUCCAAACACUGGAUAUACCAAUUCGAACGCGAAUCCGACCAUCACUAUCAGUUUGUCAACUCCGACGGAGGCCUCCGCCAAUACCAACAACUCUAACAACGGGCCAAAUUUCAGCAGCAUCAGUACCAGCACAGCGACAUCGCCAAAUCCUCCACCAAGAUUUCUACCAGGCACCAUUUGGUCAUAUAACCAUACCCGCAAACUUGGAUCGGGUGUGGAAACCAGGGUGACCAGUCCUGGUGUGUCUUGGACCCACCCCGAUGGGGUCGGUGUCCAGAUAGACACAAUCACACCAGAGAUAAGGGCACUCUACAAUGUCCUGGGCAAGGUGAAGCGUGAGAGAGAUGAGUACAAACGCAGAUGGGAAGAAGAAUACACUGUGAGGGUGGACCUCCAACAAAAAAUUGGUGAUCUGGAAGAGGACCUGCAGGAGAGCGAGGUGUGCCAGGAUGAACUGGCCCUCAGGGUCCAGCAGCUUAAGGCCGAGCUCGUCCUCUUCAAGGGCCUCAUGAGCAACAACCUGUCUGACUUGGAGAGCAAGAUCCAGGAAAAAGCGAUGAAGGUGGACAUGGACAUCUGCCGCCGCAUUGAUAUCACGGCUCGUCUGUGUGAUGUGGCCCAGCAAAGGAACUGUGAGGACAUGAUCGGAAUGUUUCAGGUGCCCAGCACUCAAUCUGCCAUCAACUGUCGUGCUCGGAAACAAGCCCCUCAGCCAGUCAGUGGCAGUGAGACAGAUGAGCCAAUGAGCACCUCAGAUAGCGAUGGAGGUGGAGCAAAGGACGAUGACAUGUGCAGCGCUUCAGCCAAUCAGAUAAAUGAGGAAAUGCAGAGGAUGUUGUGUCAACUGAGGGAGUGUGAGUUUGAAGACGACUGUGACAGCCUGGCCUGGGAGGAGACGGAAGAGACCCUGCUUCUGUGGGAGGAUUUCCCAGGGUGCACCUUGCCAGCCGAAACACACACACAGGGCGAACAGCCAGAGGAGUGUUUGGAGAAGGUGAUUAAUGACACUGAAUGCCUCUUCAAAACCAGAGAGAAGGAGUAUCAGGAGACCAUAGACCAAAUUGAGGUGGAGUUGGCGACGGCCAAGUCGGACAUGAACAGACACCUGCACGAGUACAUGGAGAUGUGCAGCAUGAAGCGAGGCCUGGACGUGCAGAUGGAGACCUGCAGGAGACUCAUCACCCAGACUGGAGACAGUAAAUCUCCCCCUCCCGUCGCUGGAGGCCAUGCGGAGGAGAACAGUGAUGAUGCGGAGAGGGGUGUGGCCCUGGCUCCUCCUGGCGAGUCCUCUGGCAGAUAAUACUGAAAGUCAACGAGGUCGUCCAGCAUGGCAAAGAAAAAAAAGAGAAAAAGAGACAAGAUUCCAGCCAUCCCCUCCUCAUGCCCCCUCUUCAGGAUCAUUCACAUGUCACUCUGGCUUGUCUUCCAGCGGGUACCAUAUAUCUCAUAUGCACAGCAGAGGUUUGCUUACACUAAGCUUUUGAAGGAAAGGUAACCUUGUUUAUUUUUUUGUGGUGAUUAAAUAUAAGUAUGGACAGUAAAAUCUCAACUGUGAAAAUACUGAGAUUUGUAUUUUCACUUUGUGACAAUGGAGUUGUCUGUACUUGUACUCGUGUGCCUAUGUGGUAUGUUUAUUCACCUGGCAUCUCAUGUGGAGACUGCCCUCUGCUGGUUGGCUUUGUCAUGGAGUGCCUACAUCUUACAUACAAGUGACUACAAUGGCUCAGAAUAGUGCUGCCCAUCAUAAAACAAAAUAGUUAUAUUUUGUAUCUCUAAUAGUCUAAUAGUUCAUAUUUUGAAAUAGGUCAAAAACACAAAUAACUUUCUUUUUGAAAAUGCAUCACUGAGAGAUUGGAGACCUUGUUGAAAGCAUGCAUUAUCCAUCUCAGCACCAAGGUUGAAUUUUUAAAUGCUGUACAAAGCUUGUCAUUUAUAAGCUAUGACAGAAUAUGGUGAAGAGUUGAAAACAAUCCAAGCCCUUAACCCUGAGGACUAAAGCAUCCCACAUCACUUAAAGCACAUGUAGGUUUCAUUAAAUAUUAAUGGCAUUGUACAUCUCAGUCUCAUAGUCAUCUGAUACAACGAACAAAAAGUUAACACAAGCUUUUGCAUUAACUUACGAAUCAAUUAACAAGCACCUCAUCAUGCAAUAAUCACAUGAAGGUGUCCAGUGCAUAAAUCAUCUCAGCACGUGUCACUGGAUCACACCUUUGUAUGUAUAUAAUGUGUAUAAGGAUGUGUAUAUGCUAUAUAUAAUGCAUAAUAUACACAGCUACUACCUGUAAAAGCUGUGCUGACCUUUGGUUGGGUCAGUACUGGGGCCUUUUCCUCACUCCCUGUGUCGCUGUGUAUGAUACCGUAUGUUAUAACGCUGUAUAGAACAUGUACAAAUGCUUUAUGAAAAGGCUGGAGAUGACACAGAGAGUGACGUAUGCAUAAGGGCAUGGACACCAGGAGUCUUAGCUGCAUUGGGGUUGGAUGUUAUUUCUGACUGUGGGAUCCGUGGCUUGGCAUUUACCCGUGCGUUCUGAGGUCAUUGGCCAUGUGCUUAUUGUCAGACUUCUGAGAGUGAGUCUGUUGAUGGACAAUGGGAUGGCUCCCACAUGUCAGAUCUGUAGGGAUGUACUUGAUGUUGAAAAAAAAAUUAUCCAGGGCUUGUAACUUCCUGAAACUUUACUCGUAAGGCCUGGAAUUGUGAAUUGUAAGCUAGUGGUUAGUUUGUGCACUUGUUCUUUCCCUGCCUUCGAGCUUUUAGGGGUAUUUACACUAUGUGGAGGUAUGAGAUUAUAGUUAUGGCAAGGGAUUAAAAUUAAUU